CUGUGGGUGUCUUUGUGCAGUGGUAACGAUGGCCCUGCCUGGGCAGGAGGACUACGUGUUCGCCUACCGCGACUCAUCGCACCCUGCGUGCCUGCUGGACGCGUUCCGGGCGUUCUACCUAGACGGGUUAUUCACUGACAUCGCGCUUCAGGCCGCUUCGGGGGUCCUGCUGCAUUGCCACAGAGCCGUCCUGGCGGCUUGCAGCUGUUAUUUCAGAGCCAUGUUCACAGCCGAUAUGAAAGAGAAAUCUAAAAACCAGAUCAGGCUUCCUGAGCUCAGCCAUGCUGUGCUGGAAGCCCUCGUGAAUUAUGCGUACACCUCCCAGAUCCAAAUAACAAAGAGAAACGUGCAAAGCCUGCUGCAGGCGGCUGAUCUCCUCCAGUUUGUCUCAGUUAAGAGAGCCUGUGAGCAGUUUCUGGUCAGGCACCUGGAUGCUGACAACUGCCUUGGGAUGCAUGCUUUUGCUGAGCACCACAAUUGUCUGGAACUGGAAAAGGAGUCCCGGAGGAUGUUGCUGUGGCAGUUUGAAGAAGUGUGGAAGCAGGAGGAGUUCCUGGAUGUUAGCAAGGAGAAGCUGGCUUUCAUCCUCUCCAGAGAGAACCUCAAUGUCUGGAAAGAAGAGGCAGCUGUCGGAGCUGUUGUUAGGUGGGUUGCGCACAAUGUAGAGGAAAGAAUUGAAGACAUCUAUGAACUGCUGAGCUGCAUCAAACUAGACCUGGAUAACAUGUAUUUGAGGUCAGCUUUAAGCCUGCAAAAAAAAUGCCGACUUAAUGAUAAUAAGAUAAGGUCCCUCGUGUACAGGGCCCUAAACCCCAGUCCCAAAGGCCUUUCCAAAAGACCAACGGCCACCAUGUAUGUGGUUGGAGGAUAUUAUUGGCAUCCCUUAUCAGAAGUGCAUGUUUGGGAUCCUUUAACUAAUGCAUGGCUCCCAGGAGCAGAAAUGCCGGAUCACACUCGAGAGAGCUAUGGGGUCACAAGCCUGGGGCCAGACAUAUAUGUGACAGGAGGCUACAGAACAGAGAGCAUCGAAGCCCUGGAUACUGUGUGGAUAUAUAACAGUGAACGGGAUGAGUGGGCACAGGGCUGCCCCAUGCUUGAUGCGAGAUACUACCACUGUGCAGUGUCCCUGAGCGGCUGCAUCUACGCACUGGGUGGCUACCGGAAGGGAGCUCCGGUGCAAGAAGCUGAGUUCUAUGAUCCUUUGAAAAAGAAAUGGGUUCCUAUUGCAAACAUGAUCAAAGGUGUUGGGAACGCCACUGCCUGUGUCCUGCACGAAGUCAUCUACGUAACUGGCGGUCAUUAUGGCUACAGGGGAAGCUGCACCUAUGAUAAGAUCCAGAGAUACCAUUCGGGUAGCAAUGAGUGGAGCAUCGUCACCACAAGUCCACAUCCAGAAUAUGGACUGUGUUCAAUCACAUUGCAAAACAAGAUCUAUUUUGUGGGUGGACAGACCACGAUCACAGACUGCUACGACCCAGAGCAGGAUGAGUGGAAGCAGAUGGCUCACAUGUUGGAACGGAGAAUGGAGUGUGGCGCGGUGGUGAUGAACGGGUGCAUCUAUGUGACAGGAGGAUAUUCCUAUUCCAAAGGAACAUAUCUGCAGAGUAUUGAGAAAUUCAACCCCGAACUAAACAUUUGGGAAGCAGUAGGCAACCUUCCCAGUGCCAUGCGUUCACAUGGCUGUGUCUGUGUGUAUAAUGUGUAAGCAUUAGAUUUCCACAGUGCUGGUGAAGAAAACAGAUGCAAUAUUCCUAAUGGUACUGCCCUUUCUUCUUGGAAAUAAGCUUGGGUUUUAUUGGAUUGGUCAGGUAUGAUCCAAGGAGGUGAACUCUGAGUUCACUGCAUUUUUUUUAUCCUAAUCAUAAAAAUUUUCAACGUUUUUAUUAUUUCAAAGCUCAUGUUUUCGUAUUGAAAAACACGACGACGGGAGCAGCUGCUUGUAGCUGGCCUCGACGUUCUUGCACCACAUCUCCCACCCCUGUGAGCUGCAGCUCGGUGCGGGGCUACGACCCAGGCUGGAAGCGGCAGUGCCUGCCAGCACCGUUCCGUCAGCUCCCGGACACGGCGUGUUGGCUCUGAGGAAAGCCGGGGCGGUUUUGGGGCUGCAGCGCAGCGCUGGGGCCCGGUCUGCUGCUGCGAGAGGAACCUCGGGGCUGGGAGAGCGGUGCGGCAUCUGCCGUGACUUCUGACAAGCCCUUAGGGCUUAGGGAUUUGUGAAUGCGUUAAACAGAGUGUAAAAGUUCAAGGACUUUAUUGCUACCGGUGCUGCUUUUUGUACGGUAACCUGCGCUGCCAGUUGAACGGGCUCCUCAGCCCCUGACGCGUUUUAGCGGCGGGCUGCACGCGGGCGGCCAUUGCGCUCCUGGCCCUGUCCGGGGGCGGCGAUCCUUUGACUGUUCCAUUGGCGAACUGAAGGAACGGCACGUAAGCUGAAUCGAUGAACUCGCUGCGCUUUAUUAAAGCUUUUAUCCACGUGA